UAGACGGAGGAGGGGGGAAAAUCUACUUUCUACGUUCUGCAUAUCCGAUCAAGUGAACUUUGAUUUCGUCUGUAGCUGAUAAUCGUAGUAGUUGGUUAAACGUCAAUGCCUUCUGCUGUUUCACCUCAGUGGCAAGACAAGGCUAGUUUGUUUUUCCAGUCAUCUGGGGCCAAGCUUAAAGAAGCCGGGCAGUCUGCAGGGACGGCUUUGGGGGAGGUCGCCAAAGAUGCAAAGGGAAAUGUCACUGAGGUUGCAGAGAAGGUUGGGUCUAUUGUCAAGAGCCGUUGGUCAUCUCUGCAGCAGCCGGCUACAAGACAAGCUAUCCAGGAGCGUUUCAUUUCUGCAGCUGCUACCACGAGCUUGUUCUUGAGAAAGGGAUUGUCAGAGACAAAGGAUAAGGUUGCUGUUGGGAAGACAAAAGUUGAAGAGGUGGCAAAGAAAACUGCACAAAAGAGUAAGACCCUGCUGACUGAUAUUGAGCGUUGGCAGAAGGGUGUUGCAAGCACUGAUGUUUUUGGAGUUCCCAUUGAAAUAACUGUUCACCGCCAACAAUCCACCAGGCCUAUCCCAUAUAUAUUGGUCAACUGUGCAGAUCAUCUUGUCUUAUCAGGAUUAAAUUCUCGGGGGCUAUUCAAGUCUGAAGGAGAUAGAAAGAUUCUUCGGAACUUGGUUGCAUUAUAUAAUGAAGAUCCAAAUGCAUCACUACCAGAGGGUGUAAACCCCCUUGAUGUAGCGGCUCUUAUAAAGUGCUACCUUGCAAGCCUACAGGAGCCAUUGACGACCUUCUAUUUGUAUGAAGAAAUCAGAGUGUCCCGCUCUAGCAUACCCAAAAUGAGAAAUAUAUUGAAGAAGCUUCCCACUGUCAACUAUAUGACAUUGGAACUGAUUACUGCAUUGUUUCUCCGUGUUAGCCACAAAUCUCCUGUCAAUGAGAUGGAUGCUCGAAGCCUUGCCAUGGAAAUGGCUCCGAUCAUUAUGUGGCAACAAGGAAGGAGUCCAAACUAUUAUAAACAGUUCUGGAGCAGCUUACCAAAAAAACAUUCAAAGACAGAGUCUGAUUCUAACUACAGCACAUGGGAUAUGCUUGCAGAUGAGGAUGAAAGCAUAGAUGCUUCAUCUCCCAUACCUUUGGAUGAUGGCUUGCCUGUUGACUUUGGUGCAAUAGAAGUUCUUCAGUGCUUGAUUGAGCAUCAUAAUGCAAUAUUUACGGAUGCAAACGAGACGGUUUGGAGGUAACAAAGCACCCGGCUUCAUCUCCGCUUACCCUCUUGGGAUCAUUGUAAUAACUUGGGCAGAAUUGAUAAGCCAAUGUGAGACAACUAUCAUCUGUGCAUUAUUACAUAUUUUCAGGGUUAGCAUUAUAAUUUUUUUUUGUUUCUUUGCAAUGGGGAUAGGAGGUUAGAGUCUGAUUAUAAGAAAAAUAGUUUUUUUUUUACAUCUUUGGAGAUUGAAGAUGAUUGAUUUUACUUCUGUGACAAAUAGCCAACAUGAAGGGGGGACAUAACCACAAUCCCAUCCCUUAAAUUUUACUCCGUAUGUAGUUAUGGUCUUUGUACACCACUUUUUAACACCAUUGUUCACAUCAAGCUUGGACAAACAAGACUUUUGGUCUCACAUACAUGAUACAUCCUGUUGUGAGU